AUACAUAAAGCAGAUGGAGAAAUAAUCAGUCAGAAAAUGUUAAAAAACUAAAGCUAAUUCCAAAAUAAGAUUCCUAAUAAGAAGGUUGUUUUACCUAGAUUUCAGAUUUGACUGCGUGACCGCGCCGCGCGUUCUCGCAGUCAUCUGCAUGACAAAGCCUGCAUCGUCCGUGACAACCCUUUUCAUCUUUCCUCGAUUUUCAAAACAUAAGGAAGGAUAAAAAAAACACGGAAAUAAGAUGUCAGGAAUGAACCAGGUAGUAGCAACAUGCUGGACCUGCCUCCUGCUAUCUGCUUUCCUGUGUGAGCCGGUGCUGUCCAAGGGCGGUCGUGGAGGGUCCCGGGGCUCCUCUCGAGGCUCCCACUCCCGCAGCUCCACGGCAGGGAGUUACCGGGGAGGAGGCGCCUAUGGUGGGACACGUUCUCGCGUCAGGGUGGCAGGCCGGUCGUCUGCAGUGAGGGUGGCCAGUGCAGCAGCAGCAGGGGCAGCAGUAGCAGUGGCAUUAUCAGCGGAUAAAUGGUACGCCUCUGCCUACCGCAGCAGCAAAACUGACAACUCAGAAGAAGAGCUGGAUUUCUACAACAGAACCAAUUACUUUGAUGCACAGAUGUCAGGCUCAACUCAAAAUGGAUCAUCUCUCUCCCAACUGGUUUCUAUCAUUAUUGCAACACUUUCCCCUAAAUAUGGACUUUUACUGGACAGUUUACUGUAGAUACAGCUUAUCUUUUUAAGCUAAGUUCCUGAUUCAGUUUAAGACUGAGCUUCUGCCCUGGAUCUGAAUAUAAUGUGCUGGACUGGCUGGGACCUGCAGUGGGAAGACAAGUUAGAGGUACAGCACAGUGGUGGAAGGACACAGAAAUGACAAAAAAACAUCACUGUACUGUAUGUUUUUCUACAUAUAAUCAUAUAUACCAACGGAUAAAUACACAUUAUUAACACAGUAUUCAAUGUGAUAUUUCACCUCACCUUUCAAUCUGUCAGUGCGUGUGACAGAAACUGAGGCAGAACACAAAAAUAAUAAUAAACGUCCUUUCCUAAAGCUUUUUUCCUAGAUCUGUGAUUUUUUUUUAAAUCACAAAAAUCAAUAACCUUCAUAAAUUGUCAAAUUGCAGACUGCCAAUUUUAAUAAUACUGUAUCUCGACAAUCUAAACUGCACAAAGAGUGCAAAGUGAAUGACCAGCAGCAAUGCUCUGUACAACUGAGGCAAACCAUUUGUUAGCAGACUUGGGUCUAAAUAUAAAGCCUGAACCUGCAGGAGUUUAAAUAUAACAGUGAAUUCAUUCCAUAAUGUUUCUAGAGACAAAACAUUAAGUUGCCACCAGUAUUAGACUGUCCCUGAAAUUAAACUGCCAUGUGUAAUUUUUCAAUAUUCUUAAAUUUGACUUUUUAACCUCAACCAACAUGCUUUUUUUUUUUCUGCAAAAUUUAAUUUCAAGACUGAAAUCAAAGAUCUAUUUUUGGAGCUAGUCAAGUCAAUUCAAUUUCAGAACCAGAAUCAGAAAGCCCGAUAUCACAUUGCAAAUUUGCCACAGGGGGCUUUACAAUCCAUACGACAUAUCACAGCCUCUGUCUUUUUUGAGCGUAGUUGUACAGCAGUUACUAGUGUGGCCAUUAAGAUGAUUAUCUACAAUAAAUCAAGGCGUAUGACAAUAUUGUGCGUUGGGAGAGCUAAACUGAUUUUCCAAAAUCAUCUUGAAUUUCUGUGCAAUUGAUCCCCUUUUAUAACGCCUGAAAUUUAAUUUCUCAGACCUGUGUACAAACUACAUCCUAGCUUUAAAGGACACUAGAAAACAAAAAGCUGCUCUCACUGUUAUUUAUGUCUCUGAUCUCUGGUCUCUGUCUAUCAUGCCACAAAAGCUUUUUACCUGCAGUAGACACUCAGGAGUAACAGACUGUUCCAUAUGAAUAAGUGCACUAUGAUAUUAUACCACACUUAUGUACAUAAUAAAUGAAGAGGUUAACACUGUCUUUAUGCUAAUAAAUAUCCUGUUUACACCAU